AUGAAGGAAAAGGCGGAGGCGCACAAACGGCCCAUCGAAUUCGAAGAUGAUGAAACGAAAAAAAAAAUCCGGACGGAAGAUGACGAAUCGGUUAAAGACGCAAAAAUCAGCGAAAACUCAUUACACCCCCUACAUCUGGAACACCGAAAAGGUAGAAAUAAAAACUUAAAAAAUGACGCAGAAUAUGUUGAAUUGUUGAAAAAGGAUGCCCGAAGAAAGUACCUCAAAGAAAGAGAGAGGGAAAAGCUAGAUGUAACGAAGAAGCUACUGGAUGAUGAACUCCUAUAUAGUACAAUUAAAUUGGAGGGGAAGGAACUUAAAGAAUUGGAGCUGUCCAAAAGGAUCUAUGAUAUAGCUAAAGAAAACAUAAAGUUAAGGGAAAAGCUAAAAGAAAAUUAUUACCUCUUCCAGGAAGACUUGGACAAAUUUGAUGCAGCGAACAAGGCCACCGAUGCUGAUGCGACGCAAGUGAGAGAGGGGAAGGGAGAUCCAUCCGUCUACAACUAUGAUGAACAGAUAAUCAGCAAAGGGAUUUUAAAAUUCGGUUCGGGGGUGGCGAUAAAUGAAGGCCUUAAAAAUGACUUUGUGUUCGGGGACGACUUGGCAAAUCGGAAGAGCAUAAAAAGGGAGGAAUUUGAGGAGAAAAACAAGUACGAAAGGGAGAAGGAAAGAAAGAAAAAGAAAAAAAUAAUAAUAAGCGACAGCGGUAGUGCUGUUGGUAGUGGCAGCGGCGGUGGGCGAAGGCAUAGGGGGGAGAAGAAGCGCAUCGACAAAAGCGCCCCUUCCACUGGGAAAGCCCACGCAGAUAGAGGCAUCCACAAGGGUCAUAGCUACCACCGAGCGAGGGAUGACCGCGGAGGGGAAAGUGAAACGCGGGAGAAGUCGAGCAGGGGGAAAAAGAAGAAAAGGGAAAGCGAACAUAAUGGUGGAGAUAGCGUCGAUGGCGGUGAUCGCGGCGAUGGUGGCAACCGCAAGCGGAACGGAAACGGCCUGACGGACGUGGUCGAAUUCGUGCACCUGGACAGCCUCUACGGAAUGGACGAAAAGGAAAAGGAAUUGCAAAGACUGUUCGAAGACAUUAAAAGGAAGAAAGAAAAAAAAAUGAAGAAAAUAAUCGAUGACAGGAAGAGGCUACCCAUAUUUAGUUACCGAUAUGACAUUUUAAAGGCCAUUAAAAACAAUAAAAUCCUAAUUCUGGUUGGAGAAACAGGAAGCGGAAAGAGUACACAGUUAACGCAGUACUUGCACGAGUGUAAGUACCAUUUGUAUGGAAACAUAGUCUGUACACAGCCCAGAAGAAUCGCGUGUAUAGCCAUAGCAAAUAGGGUGGCCGAUGAAAUGAAUGUAAAAGUGGGAAAGGAAGUUGGCUACGUUAUUCGAUUUCAAAAUAAAACGAGUGAAUCCACAAAGAUCGUGUACAUGACGGAUGGAAUGUUUCUACGUCUUCUACUGUACAACCCAACGCUGGAUGACAUUUCAGUGUUAAUAAUUGAUGAAGCUCACGAACGGGCCUUACACACAGAUGUUAUUCUUCCUAUAGUAAAGGACAUCUGCAAUUUUAGGGAGGACAUACGGAUUAUCAUAUCGUCUGCCACGCUGGACGCAGAGAAAAUUUCCACCUACUUUAACUGCGCCCCCAUAUUUUAUGUGCCGGGUAGAAAAUACAACGUUGAUAUUUACUACACUAUAAAUAAUGAGAGUAAUUAUUUGUCCGCCAUUGUGAUUACCAUUUUGCAGAUCCAUGUUACUCAGGAGAAGGGAGACAUUUUGGUCUUUCUUCCUGGACAGUUUGAAAUCGAGCUGGUGCAACAGGAACUGGAAAAUAAGCUGACCGAACUAGCCCCAAGGUUUCGCAAUAUGAUUAUUUUGCCCAUUUAUUCAUCCCUGCCCGUGGAACAGCAGGCGCGGAUAUUCGAGGAUGUGGGGGAUGCCCCGGAGAGCGGCAACCCUGAGGCGGAACAGCUUGAAGCGGCACAACAGGGGGAGGCAGCACCUUCUACCAGUGGGAACAUCCAAACAGGUGAACUCGCACCAGCCGAUCAGCCCAAGGUAGUCAUGCGGAGAGGCACCAGAAAAAUUAUCCUAUCAACAAACAUUUGCGAGACGAGUAUCACCAUAGACAACAUCGUGUACGUGAUUGAUUCAGGUCUGUGUAAGCAGAAAGUGUACAAUCCGAACUCGGGGAUUGAGUCCCUGGUAACUUUACCAUGCUCCAAAGCAUCUGUGAAUCAAAGAACAGGUAGAGCAGGUAGAAAACAAGAUGGAAAAUGUUUUCGCCUCUUCACCAAAAAGUCAUUCAUCGACUUGAAUGACAACUCAAUUCCAGAAAUUCAACGAUGCGAAGUCAGCAGUAUGAUUUUAUUACUAAAAAGUCUAGGCAUGGAUGACAUAAUAAAUUUCGAUUUUUUAGACCCUCCUUCUCCCGUGGUGAUAAUAAAAGGUCUAGAACUUCUAUACUCCUUGGGUGCAUUAAACGAUGAGGGGAAUUUAACCAAAACGGGGAGGAAGAUGGCUGAAUUCCCCACAGAUGUGAAGUCAAGUAAAAUGAUUCUAUCAGCAUCUGAGAAGUACAAUUGUGUGGAAGAGAUUUUAUGUAUUACGGCUAUGCUAACACAUGCAAAUAACAUUUUCUACGUUCAAAAAGGAAAAGAAAAAGAGGCGGAAAAUGUGAAGAAAAUGUUUACCAUAGAAGGUGGUGGAGAUUUUCUCCUCCUCCUAAAUAUAUAUAAACAGUGCGAGGAGAACAACUUCUCCACGUCAUUUUGCUACGACCACUUUUUGCAGUACCAUACGCUGAUAAAAAUUAAGGACAUCAAAACGCAGUUGGUGAGCAUCUGCGAGAAAAUUGAUUUGCCCAGUAGCUCUUGUGGUAUUCAGAAUCACGACGCCAUAUGCAGCCUGAAGAAGUGCAUUGUCAGUGCCUUCUUCACCAAUGCUGCCUUGCCCGUUAAUAAAAAUGAACUUAAAAUUAUAAAGCUUAAUCAGGUCGUUAGCAUAUACCCCAGCUCGGUGCUUGCGAAGAAAAAUAUCAUGGAGGAACACAAAAAUGCGUGCAUCAUUUUUUACGAAGUUAUUAAGAUAAAUAAGUCCUACAUACGCCACAACAUCCCUGUUAGUAAGGACAUGCUCUACGAGAUCGCGUCGUUUUACUUCCUCAGCAAGAUUGCCUGA